AUGGUCCGUCUCAAACACCGCUACCUCCUGCUCGACAUCCUCUACCCCGACCCGUCAUCGUGGCCCUCAACAACACACCAGCACAAAAAUGUCUCGUCGCGAUCACAGUCCCAGAUCCAGAUCCACGCACCUACAUCCGACGCGCUAACGCCAGGUCUCCUGGCUAAGAUGGUCCGCGAAGAAGUAGCCGAAACCUUUGGCGAUUGGGGCAUCGUAAAAUACCUCUCCCCCGCAACAUCCACAGCGAUAAUCCGCUGUCCCCGCGCGUCCUUCCGUCUCGUUUGGACGGCCCUCACAUAUAUGUCCCACGUACCGGAAUACGGCAACCCCAGUCGAUCGAAAGGCGCCGGCCCGGCGCUGACAAGACCGUGCGUGUUUCGCGUGAUCCGGGUCUCCGGGACGAUGCGGAAGGCCGAGGAGGAGGCGAUUCGGCGCGCGAGGAGGGAGAUCUUGCGGGUGCGCCAGACGGAGGAGGUUGGUGUUUUGGGGGAUUUGGUUUGCGGUCUGGCGGAGGAUGAUGCGGGUGCGGCGGUUAUGGGCGACGAGGGGGACAAUAAUGAUGAGGACAUGGCGAUGGAGAGUGAUGAUGAUUGA